UGUUGAAAACUUUCAAUGACAAACUUAUUUCUAAACAUUAGUUUUGAAAUAAAAAAAGAAUUAUAAAAGUUGUUAAAAGUAUAUGAUGUCAUGCAUUGUGCAUUGACAGCAGCUCUUUAUCACACCGCCUUCGUUAUCCGGUAUCCCAGUCGGAGCAGAACAGUACGACGUUAACUUAAACUCCAUUUCAUUUCUUAUGUUCGCGAUUAAAUCAAGCUAUGUCAUAGAUAAACCACAUAGAGAUAGGCAAUAUGAUGCAAUCUCACAGUGCAGGAUAUAGCACUUAUGGCAGUCUAAGUUCCAGAAUUUACAGGGGGUGCACCCCGGCCAGACUCCAUCCCAGACUGAAGUAAUAGCAUUUUAUAAUAACUGACAUCAAAGUUGUAAUCAUAACACAAAGAUAUUAAAAUGGAUAACAAUAAUAAUCUUGGUAAUAAAGAUUCUAUUGAUCAUCACCAAUCAUUCAUACAGCAGUGUGCUUCAUCUCAAAUAUACCAUACAGGAUUACCUCAUUUUAUAGAAGAAAGUAACAUUCAAAGUAAUAUGUGUACAACAAAAAAUACAAGCAGAACAAUAUUACAUAUUCCAACCAUUUACACUUCAACGUCUACUACCCCAGAAUAUUAUUUAAAUCUUACAAGAUACAGUCAAAAUGAGAAUCCACUAGAAAACUCGGCAAUGAAUGCAGCAGUAACAUCAGAUUCAACCCACACAUCUGAUGCACAAGUUCACACUCUUCAAAACAACGCUAAGUUAUGUGUUUCUAAAGAAAGCAGUGUGUGUGAUGUAAAUUACAAUAUCAAUCCAGAGCCUACAAUAGAAACCAGUGUUGAAGAAAACAUAGUUCAACCCGAGUCAAAUAAAAAUAAUGUAGCUAAAUGUUUUUGCUGCUCUGAUUGUGGAAUGCGAUUUAAAGAAAAACGAGGAUUGGAAACUCACAUUAGAAGCCAUACGGGAGAAAAACCAUUUAAUUGUCAAAUUUGUCAAAAAUAUUUUCGUACAAAAAGCUCACUUAAUGAGCAUAAACGAACCCACAACGAUAACCGACAGAAAUUUAUUUGCAACAUUUGUGAAAAAGUUUUAACCUCGUCUCCUGGACUUCAAAAACAUUUGAAAUCUCAUUCAGGUGAAAAGCCAUAUGCUUGCCAAUUUUGUGAGAAAGCUUUCACAUCAGCGUCGCAUCUUAAAAGACAUGAACGAAUUCAUACCGGUGAGAGACCACAUAAAUGUGAAAUUUGUAACGAAUCGUUUACACAGCGUGGUAAUCUCAAACUCCACGCUAGAGUACACAGCGAAUAUUUCCCAUUUAAAUGUGGUAAAUGUGAUAAACAGUUCCGUCACAAAAAGAGUCUGACCAAUCAUAGUAAUAUUUGCAAUACAGGAUUAUUAUCAGAUACUCGCGUUCAGAUUGAAAACCCAAAUUCAAGUUAAUGCAGCCAUCUUCAUAAUUAUCGUGAGUUUUGGUUGCAUUAGCCAUCUUUGUCAUAAAUUGUGUGUGGCAGUGUGGUGAUCGAGUGGUCUAACGUGCACACUUUAGAUCAUAUGGUCUGUCAUUCAUUGAGUCAAUUCGUGUGGUUUUGAUGAGGGUCCAUGACCAUACACACAACACAAACUAAAUCAUUUUUAGGACUAAUCUAUAGCAGGAGGGUAUAUUUUUAUUUCACUGAUUUGAUUGUGUGCAAGGUUCUUUAUCAGUGGGAGUGAAGAGUGAAACUAGAGAAAAUCAACAUGGUUAAGCAGGUGACUCUACUCCACAUGACCAUGCGAUUAAAACCACAUACCUGAUUCAGUGACAGACUUACUUUAAAUCAAAACUCAGCACAAUCAAUAAUUUUGGGGUCUUUAAGCUUACUGUAAUUAUCGAGUUUGGUAUGAUAAAUUAUUUAAAUUAUAUUCACCUCAUCACAAAUAACAAAAUAACAGGUGUAUGACUUAUUAACAUCAUGAAAAUUCCCUGUGAUUAGACACAACAUUUAUAUACAUUAUGCAUUUAAAACUUUUUGAGACUUUUUUGGGGAGUCUUACAUGUAUAUUUCUUCAAUUAUGCUCAUACAAUAUAUAUCUACUUUCUAUUUUUAUUUUAAACAAUACUGGUUGUGGAUUUAUUUAAAAUAAUUUUAUUUUUAUAUUUUGUGAAAUUUUAUAGAUUUAAAUAAAGAGCUGGCCGUUCAAAAAUAGAUAAUGCAAAAUGAAUAUAUUGAAAUUUCCAUUCAGAUUACUUUAUUCUGAGCCAAGUUAUCACUGUAGUUUUGACAAGAUGUGUGCAUUGAUUGUUUAUUAUCUUAGCCAUGGUAUUCGAGGCUAAGGCUUCCCCAUUUUUAAACUAAAUCAUUAAAUGGCCGAACCGCUAUAUUCUACUUAACAUCUCGAGUAUAUGAUGGCAUUGAGAUUUGAUUAUGGUCUUGUCAUGUUAAUAAAUGACUAAUUAAUAAUUUAAUUUAAAGAAAGACCUGCAAUAGGCAAAUUUAGCUCUUGAAUAAUGUACAUGUAUCUUUGAUUUAUAUAUUUAUUUUUAUUUACUAAAGUAGUUAUUUAUACAUUCCAUAUAUUUUAUAGAUCAUGAUCUUAUAUUGGUAUUUUAUAGAUCAUGAUCUAAUGUUGGUAUUUUAUAGAUUAAUAUUUGUGUUGGUAUUUUACAGAUUGAUAUUAAAGGGAUAUACUGGUAACAGUGUCAGUUUCUUUUAAAUUUCUAAGUCACACAAACUGAAAUAUGUAAAGAGUGUGAAGCAAAAGGAAAAAUAACACAUCAUAUUGGCAUGGUAUUAACAUCCAGUUUUGACAUUUUGGCGAUUUAAGAUCUGAUACUGAUAUUUAAAAAAUUAUAAGGGAAUAUUGAUAUUUUAAAAAAUUAUAAGGGAAUAUUGAUAUAAAAUAAUAAAUUGUUUUACAUAAAUUAUGAUCUUGUUCCAAAUUCUGUUUUAAACUGUCAACUAUAUUACAUUAUUGGGUUAUAAUGCAUGAAAGAAAUAUGAAUUAGAUUUUUAUCAGCUUGUUUCUUUUGGACUUCUGACAAGGACAGCUGUCUAGUCCUUCGGAUGAGACAAAAAACCAAGUUCCCGUGUAUACAUUAGAAUGCACAUAAAAGAUCCCUUGGCAGUUGGAAUUCGAUAUAAGAGUAGGCGAUAGUGCCGCUGCCCGGGCAAAAUUUCCCUCAUAGCACACUGUAUGGCGUAUGCCCGUCUUCAUUAGCCCAGUAUAGGAGCAGAACAGUAGGAUGUUAAACCCCAUUUCAUUUCAUUUCUUUUGGACUUCAGUUUAUUUAAACUAUAUUUUUUGUAAAUACUAAAAUACUUCAAAAUUACCCUCUAAAGAAUAAUCCUAUGCUCAUAUUUAACUUUGAAUUUAAUCAAUUAAAGAUUUUUUUUUGACCUGUCAUAUUUUAUAUAAAACCAACUGAUUUAUGAACUGAACAUGCAAGGUCGUAUAUGAGAUUAUUAUUUAAACAGAUUGUACAGCUGAAUAGAAUACAGAAAGGUAAAUCAGAUUAAAUUACAGAUUACCUGUCAAUUAUGUAAUCUCUACUUUAAUGAAGUUUGUAAAUAAUAUUUUCUGGACUUUACAGAAGAGAGAUGAUUAAUGUUAUAUAUUUUUAUAUACUCAAUUAAAUUUAUUUCAAGAGUCAGGCAUUGAUGUUAUGCAGAGUUCUUUCCCAAACCUUGUCAACAGCCAGGCAUAAGGGGACUCCUAUCAUUAUUGCCCCUGUCACGAAAACUUUGUAAACACUCCCCAGUGGUCGGCUAACCUUAUGGAAGGAAGAAUCCAGAGAGGAGCACUGAUGUUAAGAGAGUCAUAUCCACUUAAUGGGU